AUGACGAAAGGCUCUUCCUCCUUGACACCCAUUGUGAAACGGCUGCAAGGCAAGGUGGCUGUGAUUACUGGUGGUGCUAGCGGCAUUGGUGAGACCACUGCAAGGCUUUUUGCCAGACACGGUGCAAAGAUGACCUCGGCCAUAACCUGCAAAGAAAUUGGCUCAGAUGAAUCAAUUUCCUUUGUCCACUGCGACGUUACCCGAGAAUUGGAUGUCCAACGAGCAGUGGACACUGCUAUUGCCAAGCAUGGUAAGCUUGACACAAUGUUCAAAAAUGCAGGAAUUUCGGGUAACAUGGAUCCAAGAAUACAGUCCUUGGGUCGGGACGAUUUUCGAAAGGUGUUCGAUGUUAAUGUGUUUGGUGGAUUCUUGGGUGCCAAACAUGCUGCCAGAGUUAUGAUUCCUGCAAAGAGAGGCAGCAUUCUAUUCACAUCAAGCAUUGUUUCUGUGUGUUCUGCUGAGGUUCCUCAUGUCUAUACUGCCUCAAAGCAUGCUGUGGUAGGACUCACCAAGAACUUAUGUGUGGAAUUGGGGAAGUAUGGGAUUAGAGUCAAUUGUAUCCCUCCAUUUUUAGUGCCCACCCCAAUGAUGAGAAACCUGCUUGGAAUGAUGGAUGAGAAGGCGGCACAGGAGGUGGUUUCCGAGUCUGCCAACUUGAAGGAAGUGAUGUUGGGGACUGAAGAUGUGGCGGAGGCGGCAGUGUACCUCGGAAGCGAUGAGUCUAAGUAUGUGACUGGCCUGAAUCUUGUUGUUGAUGGGGGUUACCAUACAACCAAUCCAACUAUUGGAAAUGCCCUUAAAAACAUGUUCUCUUGA